AUGGCAACUGAAAAGACCUCAGUCGGGUCUGGUCCCGAAGCUGUUUCGGAGCUUUUCGAUACCGUACUUAUUCUUGACUUUGGCUCCCAAUACAGCCAUUUAAUCACAAGACGACUCCGAGAAAUCAAUGUCUACGCUGAAAUGCUGCCAUGCACGCAGAAGAUUGCAGAAUUAACUUGGAAACCUAAGGCUAUCAUCUUCUCUGGUGGCCCAUACUCCGUCUACGCUGAGGGAGCCCCUCAUGCCGAUCCUGCUGUGUUCGAUCUUGGUGUUCCAAUCCUCGGUAUCUGUUACGGUUUGCAAGAAAUUGCCUGGCAGAGGGGUAAAAAUGUUGCUGCCGGAGAGAAGAGAGAGUACGGAAACUCGACACUUCGUAUUGAGAGACACAAUGAUAAGGCUCCUCAUGUUGAUGCCUUGUUCGAUGGUGUUGAAGAUGAUACAAAUGUCUGGAUGUCCCACGGCGACAAGCUCUCCGCUGCUCCACCUGGCUUUAUAACCAUUGCCAGCAGCCCAAAUGCACCAUGGGCCGGUCUUGCGCACGAAGAAAUCCCAAUUUACGGAAUCCAAUUCCACCCAGAAGUCACACAUACCCCAUUCGGUAGCAAGAUCCUCGAGAACUUCGCCGUUAAGAUUGCGAAAUGCCAGCAAAACUGGACUAUGGAGGAAUUCAUCUCGAAGGAAAUUAAGAGAAUCCAAACGAUCGUUGGUCCGGAUAGUCACGUCAUUGGCGCUGUCUCCGGUGGUGUCGACUCCACCGUUGCUGCGAAGCUCAUGCAUGAAGCUAUUGGAAACCGAUUCCAUGCCAUCCUUGUGGAUAACGGUGUUAUGAGACUUAAUGAGUGUGAACAAGUCUUGGAAACUUUGAAUAAGCAUCUUGGAAUCAACUUGACUGUUGUUGAUGCUAGUGAUGAGUUUUUGGAGAAGUUGGCUGGCGUGGAGGAUCCAGAGAAGAAGAGGAAGAUUAUCGGAAAUACUUUCAUUCAUGUUUUCCAGCGGGAAGCUGAGAAGUUGACUGCUGGACAUGGAAAGGAUAUUGAUUACCUCUUGCAGGGUACUCUGUACCCCGAUGUUAUCGAAAGUAUCAGCUUCAAGGGACCAAGUCAGACUAUCAAGACACACCACAACGUCGGUGGUCUACUAGAUAACAUGAAGUUGAAGCUCAUUGAGCCUCUCCGUGAGUUAUUCAAGGAUGAAGUUCGAAAACUCGGUACCUUGAUGGGUAUUCCAGACGAUCUUGUCUGGCGCCACCCCUUCCCGGGCCCGGGAAUUGCCAUCCGUAUCCUCGGAGAGGUCACCAGGGAACAAGUCGACAUUGCUCGACGAGCAGACCAUAUCUUCAUUGAAGAAAUCAAGAAGGCGGGUAUCUACAGAGAAAUCUCACAGGCAUUCGCCGCCCUUCUACCUAUCCGUGCCGUUGGUGUUAUGGGCGAUCAAAGAAAAUAUGACCAGAUUAUCGCUCUAAGAGCGGUUACGACUACCGAUUUCAUGACAGCGGAUUGGUAUGAUUUUGAUAGCAAGUUCUUGAAGCACGUCAGCAACCGGAUUGUGAACGAGGUGGAUGGAGUUUGCAGGGUUCUUUAUGAUGUCUCUCAGAAGCCGCCUGGAACUAUUGAGUUCUUGUGA